AUGGUAACUGAAAUUUUCAGAGCGACCUAUACCAAGCAAGACGCCAUAGAAAAGUUCUUGAACAACGUCUUUGGAGAAGGAAACGCGACUGUGCAGUGGAAACAGGGCAAGUACAAUUGUACGCUCCCAAGACAUCUUACCGAGGCCGAAAAGAAAACGAUGCAGGAAACCCUGAACGUUGAGCAUCGUGAAAAAACUAAGAACGGUGGUACUGGGUAG